GUCAGCAUUCUUCUACGCUGAUCUAUCCUCACCUCUCUAUCUCUCUCAGAGAGACAGCUCACUGAGUUCAGCGGUGGUUAGACAGUUUAGACUAUUAGUAGUAGUAAGUGGGAGUUCUCUGAUCUCUCACACACUAUUUAUGUCUGUCUGUUGCAGCUAGCUACCAAUUAUCUUGAACUCCAAAUUUAAUGGCCCUUCUCUGGCACUUGCUCUUUCUCUCAUGCUUUCUAGUCUCCUCGACUUUGGUGCCCGGCACCUUGGCCGCCGGGAAAGCAUUUCAAGACGGCGAAGAAGCGCGCCGAGAGGCUGACAGAGUCACCAACUUGCCUGGACAGCCGGAGGUGAAGUUCAGACACUACGCCGGCUACGUCAAACUUCGUCCACAAGAUCAAAAGGCACUCUUCUACUGGUUCUUCGAAGCUCAAGAAGCACCUUCUCAGAAACCACUCGUCCUUUGGCUCAAUGGAGGGCCUGGCUGCUCUUCAAUAGCAUAUGGAGCUGCACAAGAACUCGGCCCUUUUCUUGUCGGAAACAAUGGAACCCAACUCCAUCUUAACAAAUUUUCCUGGAAUAAAGUUGCAAAUAUGUUGUUCUUGGAGGCACCUGUUGGUGUAGGCUUUUCCUAUACCAACAAAUCCAAAGACUUGUAUAUGCUUGGCGAUCGAGUUACAGCUGUGGACUCUCAUGCUUUCUUGAUUGGAUGGUUUAAAAGGUUUCCAAGCUUCAAGUCCCAUGACUUCUAUCUCGCUGGAGAGAGCUAUGCUGGUCAUUAUGUUCCCCAACUUGCGAAGCUCAUUUAUGAAAGAAACAGAGGAGCCAGCAAGAACUUUUACGUAAAUCUUAAAGGUUUCAUGAUUGGAAAUGCUGCGAUCAAUGAUCCGACGGACGUCAGUGGCAUGUUUGAAUAUGCAUGGAGUCAUGCCAUCAUCUCUGACCAACUCUACAAUAAUAUACUGAAGGAGUGCGAUUUCGGGCAAUCAGAAAACCAAACAAGGGAUUGUGGAGACUAUAUCAGGGGAUUCGUAGAAGAAUACUCUGAAAUUGAUAUUUACAACAUUUACACACCCGUUUGCCUCGCUAAUUCCCAACGUGGAAUUAGCUCCUCCAAGUUCGGUGUUGCGCCUCCAGCUAGUCUCUUAUCACAGCAUAACUUCUGGCAUAAGCUACCUUCAGGCUACGAUCCAUGCACGGAGCAUUAUGUUGAGAAAUAUUUCAACAGAGUGGAUGUUCAGAGGGCCCUACACGCCAAUGUCACUAAGCUGUCGUAUCCUUACACUACAUGCAGUGGUGUUAUUCAGGGAUGGAAUGACUCACCCGACACAGUGCUGCCAAUCAUUCGGAAGCUCUUAAAUGCUGGACUGCGCAUUUGGAUCUACAGCGGUGAUACCGAUGGGAGGGUGCCAGUGACAUCAACAAGGAAAAGCAUAAACAAGAUGGGGUUAAAAACAAAGGAAGAAUGGAGGGCAUGGUUUCACAAAAGUCAAGUGGCCGGGUGGGUGCAGACCUACGAAGGCGGCCUUCAUUUAGCAACCAUUAGAGGCGCUGGCCAUCAGGUCCCAGUCUUUGCCCCUCAACAAUCCCUCUCUCUCUUCACCCAUUUCCUCUCUUCUAAAACCUUGCCGGCUUCUCGAUUUUAAUCAAAUAAAUAUUAAUUAGCUGCUGCCUGCCUGCCUGCAUGCAAGCAUGCAGUCCCCUAUUAGCAAGUACUAGACAUUAUUGUCAAUAUAUAUACUAUAAAAUAUUUCAGGGAGUUUAUUUAAAUAAAGUGUACGGACACUAAAUA